AUGGCAGUCCACUCUUUAUAUUUGCUACUCGCUCUCAUCCUUUCUCAUAAUGUUGUCGCCCUUCAAGUGACACCCAACUCUCCUUGCUCCUCCGUAUGCCUAGACUCGUCAACACUGGACGAGUCAGACCCGAACUCAUCUAAUACCGAGUCGACGGAUAUCGUGUGCGAGGAUACCGAUUUAACCAAUACGAGCACGGGUUCGAAAUGGAAGCAGUGCAUGACCUGCCUGCAAACCAGUACCUUCGAGCAAGGCUCCGAGAGUGACCAGUACUGGUUCAUCUAUAAUCUCCGCUAUAGCUUCGAUCAUUGCGUGUAUGGGUUCCCUAAUGGCACUGGCUCGGGAUCAAACCCAUGCGAGACCUCCACGGCCUGUGGUGCUCUUAAGACUGCUCUUGAGGACGGCGACUUGAGCACUACCGGGUCUCAGUUUGGUUAUUGCGAUGACGGUGCCGUGACUGGAGAAUUCUACAGCGCAUGCUUGACCUGUGUGGGCUCUAGUGGCGAUACCCGCUACAUCGCAAAUGAAGCUGGGUGUCUUCAGAGGCCAAAUGUCACGAGUACCCUGGGCCUUAACGACACCGUGUUCUCCGCCGCCAUCAUCGGCAUCGUCGAUCCAUCGAAAAAGGAUGAGUCCACCGACUCCGUACAACUCAGCACAGCAGCCAUCGCAGGCAUAGCAAUUGGAGCGGCUGCCCUCCUUCUUGUAAUUGCUGCCAUCAUAUUCAUCCGCAUGCGAAGGCGCAAGAAUCGCGCGAACCUCGGCAUCGAGCCCCGCUGGGGCAGAAGCAAAAAGUCUCACAAGAGGAACUCGUCUUUCUCCUUUCACUGUCGCAAGAUCCUGGCGUCACCCAUGUCUCCGAAAUUCUUCAGAGAUGACCUGACUCCGGUAGAAGAAGAGCAACAACAAUAUGGCUCACUCAACGGGAUGGCCCAGUCGCAGGUAUCGGGAGUUAUUCCCGCCAGCACUGAUCCGACGGGAAGACGUUUCAUCGAGUCAAAACAAAAACCAUCCAGGCCAGCAUAUGAACAAGUUUGGAGUCCCCAAGACCCGCCACCAUCAUUCAAUACCUUCGGCGCGCCGGUGAUGACGCCAGAGCAGCCUGAUCGCCAGCCCGCGCCUUCAUUCUCAGAAAAGAAGGGCUUCCCAGAGAAGGGGUCCCUUAGCAUCGAUACCACCCUCGUUGCGCCACCACCAGCGCGUCAGUCACCGAAACAAGACGUCUUCGCCGCGCUGAUCGCCUCCUCGCAACCCAUUCCCCCCGGUCUGCCAUUCAGGUCCUCUCACGCGCCCUCCAGCCACGGCAGCAUCGUGUCGGCCACGUCGCCUCAGUCGGCCGGCGGCGGGAAUAAGCUCAGGGCCAAGCCCAGCACCACCACCAUGAGCAGCCAGGGCAGCGGCUACCCCAGCAUGAUGACGCCCUGCUCGGCGUCGCCGCUGCUCAAGCAGAAGCACGGCUGGCCCAGUCCCCGCGAGGCCGCGGAGGUGCCCUGGUUCCCGCCGCCGCCGCCCGGCCCGCCGCCAAAGUCGUCGGCUUUGAAGAGCGGGCGGAAGGGUGCCGGGGGUUCAGGGAGGAAGAGGAACAGGGAUAGCGGGAGCCCUGUCGAGACUCACCAGAUCCAGAUUUCGUUCCCUGCACCGCCACAGAGAUAA